GUCAACAUGGCGGCUCCCGUUAGGAGCAUGAGCAAUCCGUCUGGAAUAACUUGUAAUACUACCAGUUUUCAAAAGAAAUCCCGGAGCAAACUUGUUUCCAUCCCAGGGACGAGACCCUCUGUGCAAAACGGACAGCUCCUCGUGUCAACUGGUGUCACGUCUCUUGACUAUGUUAUCGGUGGUGGCCUGGCGGUUGGGACUUUACUGCUAAUUGAGGAGGACCGCUAUGACAGCUACUCGCGGAUGUUGCUCAAAUACUUCUUGGCUGAGGGCGUGGUGUGUGGACACGAGCUGUUCGUGGCGUCAGCACAGGAUCACCCAGAUGAGAUUUUACAGGAGCUACCUGCCCCAAUCCUUGAUGAUGUCACAAGCCCCCAACCGAUCCAGGAACCGGCUCCGUCAUCGGACUCAGAUAGUGCAGACGACAUGAAAAUCGCCUGGCGGUACCAGAACCUUCCCAAAGUGCAGACUGCUCUGGCGUCCUCGUCACGCUUCGGUCACUACUACGACGUUUCCAAGACGAUGAGCCCAGACAUGAGGCCGUCCUCCAAGUGCCACACGUUCUACCUCGCCGAGCAGCCUUCAGAAGACUCCCCCUCCACAAGUGCUAUGGGUGAGGCCUACACAGAUCUGCUGAAGGACAUCCAGAAGGUCAUCCACCAGCAGGGCUUUGAUGGCUCCUCACCUCAGUCUAAGGUGCGUAAUGUGCUGCGUCUAGGCCUACACUCCCUGGGCUCGGUGCUGUGGGGUGACGACCUCUGCUGCCGGGAUAGCCCCGCCCACGGCCACGCCCUCACCACCUUCCUGUACGCCCUGCGCGCCCUGCUGCGCUCAUCCCUCUCCGUCGCCAUGGUUACCGUGCCCUCGCACCUCAUACAGAGUCGAGUGCUAAUGGGCCGUAUAACCCGACUCAGUGACACAGCCAUCGCGUUGGAAUCCUUCAGAGGUUCAGAGAAGGAGACUAACCCCCUUUACAAAGACUACCACGGUUUGCUGCAUGUGCGUCAGGUGCCCCAUCUGAACUGCUUAGUGUGUGACGUCCCCGACACCAAAGACUUGGCCUUCAAACUCAAGAGGAAGCAGUUCACCAUUGAGAGGCUGCAUUUGCCUCCAGACCUGUCAGACACAGUGAGUCGUGUGAGUAAAGUGGAGCUGGCAGCGGGUUGUGGUUCCACCGCUACUGGCAAUAAGCACCUGGACUUCUAGAGCUUUCCCUACGCUUUCUUUCUUUCUUUCUUUCUUUCUUUCUUUCUCUCUCUCUCUCUCUC